CUAUCCUCUCUUUACGGGUAGUGUUUGAUGGGAAAACAGUUGUCCUGGUUUUGAGAAAAAUUGGAGUUUUGGGGAUUUUUUGGCAUUUGGGUGAGAAAAGAGGGGGCAAAAACACAAAAAUAAACUUGGUUCAUGGAGGUCUGGUCUGUCCAUGGUGUCUCUGCGAUUCAAAUUCCUUGACCAAACAACAUUGCAGCUCUCUCAAUAGGAUGAUUACAGUGUUUACAGGCCGGCCAUUUUUUGAACCAUGAGGAAACCCAGAAGUUUUAGAAUCAGAUUCCGGGGUGUCUGAAGUUUGUUGAUUGUCAUGAUGUCUUUCCUGUUAUAGUACUUAGUGUUUACGAAAAUUGGCGAGGUAAAUGGAGUGCAAUAGAGAUGAGGCUGUGAGGGCAAAAGAAAUUGCUGAGAAGAAGUUUAGAACCAAGGACAUUUCUGGGGCAAAAAAAUUUGCUAUCAAGGCGCAGACUUUGUAUCCUGGACUUGAGGGCAUUUCGCAAAUGUUAGCGACGCUUGAUGUGUAUGUGUCUGCAGAGAACUUAGUAAAUGGUGAAGCAGAUCGGUACGGGAUGCUGGGUGUGGAUCCACUAGCAGAUGAGGACACAUUAAGGAAACAUUACAGGAAGCUAGCUCUCAUGCUUCAUCCUGACAAAAAUAAGUGUAUAGGGGCUGAGGGUGCAUUUAAGCUUAUUUCAGAAGCCUGGAGUGUGUUGUCUGAUAAAGCCAAGAGAUCAGCUUAUGACCAGAAGAGGAAUUGUGGAAUAUCCCAAAAGAGGGUUCAGCCUCCAACUAGGGGAUCAUCAGCACCAGCUGGGCAAAAUGGAUUUUGCAACUUCGCCAAGAGUAAAGCUUCACACACGAGGGUUCCAAAGGGUAACACCACCAAGGGGAGUGCUGCUCCUGUUGCUGAAUCUCGUAAGCAGAAAAACUCUUCCUUUUGGACCAUAUGCAAUCGAUGCAAGAUGCGGUAUGAGUAUCUGAGAAUGUAUCUUAAUCAUAAUCUCCUCUGCCCCAAUUGCAAUGAGCCCUUUUUGGCAGUGGAAAUUGAACCACCAACUUCAAAUGGUUCUAAAUUUUCUAUCAAAGGGAAUUAUUCCCAGCAGCGACAAAACCCGAGUCAUCAGGGGGUUACCAACAAUGUACAUAGUUCAGCAAGAUUUGCAGAAUCAAAACAGUUCACUUUUUUUGAUUCAUCUAAUCAUACUAACUUCCAGUGGGGCCCAUUCUCUAGAACCUCUGGUUCUGCAUCUCCUGCUCAAGCAUCAAGCAUAGUCCAGCAAGCAUAUGAGAGAGCAAAGAGAGAGCGUGAAGAGGCACAGGCAGCUACAAAAAGAGAGGCCUUCCGAAAGAAGAAUAAAGCCUCUAAAAGAAUGAGCAGUGUUCAAUCAUCUGGGCUAUCUAAUGCCAUGAAGAGAGGACGAGGCAUCGAAGAUCUUGGUGCAAGCAAUAGUGGGAGGAGCAUCACGAAACAACUGGGCAUUGGGACUGGAGUAGCAAGCCCAGCUAGUUUUUCUGUUACGAAACAAGGCUGUUCUGAACAAGGUAGCAUGAGUGGAACAAACAAGCUUAGCAGUACAAAGGAUGUCCCCAAUACCCAUGUUAAUCAUUUGUUACUAGAGAAGGCUCGGACAGAAAUUCUUAGGAAAUUAAAUGAAUGGAGCUCCGCUACUGUGGACAAAUCUGCAGCUAAAGGGGAGGAGAAUGUAAUUGAGAAAGUAAAGGAUAAAGAAAAAGAAAGAGAUCAUGCAGUGGUAAAAGGUCUUACACGAAAUCAAAACAAGUCUGAGGAGCCAAACGAUUUCAGGAAUGGAACUCCUCCCAACAAGCCCAUUCUUUCCACUUCCAGUGGUAAUCCAGAAAAAGAAACUAUUGAACCAUUUUCAAUUAAUGUCCCAGAUUCAGAUUUUCAUGAUUUUGAUAGGGGGCGAACCGAAAGGUGUUUUGGAGAAAACCAAGUGUGGGCUGCAUAUGAUGAUGAUGAUGGGAUGCCUCGGUAUUAUGCCAUGGUUCAUAAUGUGAUCUCUUUCAAUCCAUUCAAGAUGCGGAUCAGUUGGCUUAAUUCAAAAACCAGCAUUGAACCGGGUCCAUUAAACUGGGUUGGGUCUGGAUUUUCAAAAACUUUUGGGGACUUCAGAAUAGGCAAACUUGAAGUCAAUACCUCACUCGAUGCUUUUUCACACAAGGUUAGGUGGACAAAAGGCACACUGGGGCCUAUUCGAAUAUUUCCUAGGAGGGGAGAUGUUUGGGCUCUUUACAGGAAUUGGUCGCCUGAAUGGAACGAGCUGACAGCAGAUGAAGUAAUACACAAAUAUGACUUGGUGGAAGUACUCGAGGACUAUGACGAGGAACUAGGUGCCAUUGUCUUUCCACUAGUCAAAGUUGCUGGCUUCAAGACUCUGUUCCACCAUCAUUUGGACCCCAGGGAAAUAAAAAGGAUUCCACUAGAAGAGAUGUUUCGGUUUUCUCAUCAUGUCCCUUCUUUUUUACUUACUGGUCAAGAAGCCCCAAAUGCUCCAAGGGGUUGCCUGGAGCUGGAUCCUGCAGCUAUGCCUUCGGAGUUUCUUCACGUGAUAAUGGAUGUUAACGAAGCAGAGACUGUAGAGAAUGAAGAAAAAGCUAAAGAAGAAACUGAAGAUCCGGAAAGUAAGGCAAAAAAUGAGGUUUCGGAAAGUAAGGAAGAAUAUUAAGUUGAGUCUUAGAAAAGGUGAUAUAUAACAUAAGGGAUGUAAGGUUAGAGAAAAGCAAUCAGGGAAUUCCAUGGAGACGAGGCUGUAGAAUUUGUGUAGUAUACCAAGCAAAUGAAGAAAGACGAGAAUGUGAAGCAUGCCAAAGAAUGCCAUUUUGUUGGGCUUCUGAUAAUUUGUUCUGAUAUGUGCAGGUAAACAUACUGGUUCAUAAUUUAUUCAUUAUUCUUGGAUCUCCUUCUCUACAUAUGUUGCAAUUGCAAUUUCCCUCUGAUUGUGGGGUAGCACCUCAAACGUUCUCAGUAAAUUUCCUUUCAAUGCGAAUAUAGGCCUUGCAUCUGCACAAUCAAGAAUUGGUCUCUCACAACUCUUGUAAGCGGUAUUGGUCACAUUUCGAAUCUCUCUAUCAAUCGCCCUGCCAUCUGUCUUCUGGUAUCGCUUUUGUAAUGCUACCUGCCUGCGAUAUCUCUUUUGUUUAGUGAUAAUUCUAAUUCCAAUUCAUAAGCAAAUUGCCAACUUUCGUGCUGGGAAGUUGCAUAAAUUUUGCAAGUGCAAGCAGCUCGAAGGUGAGAACACGACUUGUCUUUCAUGCCCGUCAAACCUGUGUGUCACUGGCUUGCACUUAGAAGCAGGAUGUGACACUAGGCUGAAGAAGACGUCCUUAUCAGUUGGAGCUUGUUGAUGUGAAUCUGCUUAGCAGCUGCUACUCCUUUCCAUUACCCUAAACUGUGUCAAAAUGAUCAAUUUACUCGUUCAAAUCCACUGAUGUGAAAUUUCAUUUUCUUGUACACAUGCUGUGUAGAAUUGAAUCGUUGUUAGUUCUCGUUAGACUUCAGAUAGUGAUGUGGAAUUUGAGUUGAUUUCAGGUAUUUGUUAAGUUAUAUUUACUGGCGUAUACCAUUUAUGAGAAUUUGUGUUCAAU